AGCUACAGUACCCCAUACAGUACACCAUACAGUCCCUCCUUUCUUCUCCAUAAUUGCCGAAAUUGAAAUUUGAAAGGAAGAUGGAGGCAUCCUCAUCACUUCUUCCAGCCCACGUGCGUCGACGUCGCUAGGGACUUGCCAUACCGGAAGUGUAAACUCUUCUCAAUCGUGUAUGAAAGACUUGCAAACAAUGCGGUAAAAAGAGAGCCAUUGCAAGUCUCGCAUUUUUUUGCUAAUAAUACACGGCGCCAAUCAUGUUGGAAGAGAAGGCUGGAGUUGACUCCUCCGGGAGUCCAGGUAAUCCUGAUUCCACCAUCAUGUCCGAAGCUGAACGGACUCGGCUCAAAAACCAAGUAGACUUUCCUUCAGUCAAAGUUUCCUACUUUACCGUCAGUCUAUUCACGUGUUUGUGAACUGGAUACCCUAAGUUGACGUUGAUUGAUAGCUUUACACUCAUGCUAGCAAGAAGGAUCUUCUUAUUAUCCUACUGUCAGCAAUACAUGCUAUUGCCGGGGGAGCUUCAAAACCGUUCAUGGUAAAGGUGUCGCCUCCAUGAAAAUGACAACUCUAAUGGGGAGUAGACGAUAAUUUUCGGCCAGGUAGCAGUCUCCAUCAAGGACUACACUACUAGUUCAAGCAUAACAUCCGAGUUUGCCUCUAGCAUAUCAACGAUGACUCUUUAUCUUGUUUACUUGGGAAUUGGACAGUAUGUUCAUCCCCAAUGUCUUUCCUCCUCGUUUCAUUGUCGUUGCUAAAUCUAUGCUGCCAGGUUCUUCGCCAUCUUUCUCUCAACGGCAGGGUUCAUACGUGCAGGUGAACACAUCACCCAAUCUAUCAGGUGAGAGAAUUCCCGCGUAGACUGAUAGGACAUCAAAUUACUUAUUAUUGGAAAAGGGAGGAGUAUUUGGCAGCGCUGCUGCGUCAAAACAUAGCAUUUUUCGAUCAGAUUGGUACAAGCGAUCUCUCUAAUGCCAUAACCACAAACACGGUAAACAGCCCCCCCUCCCCAGUUCCUCAUGGGCAUGCAUUGAUAUAAUCCAGAAUACCAUCCAAGAUGCCAUUUCUCAAAAUGUCCCUCUCGCCCUCGCGGCAGUGGCAUCCUUUCUCUCAGCAUUUGUUAUCAGCUUUAUGCGAUCUUGGAAGCUAGCACUGAUCCUCAGUUCAACCAUUUUUGCAAUCAUCAGCAUUAACGUUUCUGGUGCACCAAGAAUUAUGUACUUUCGUAAGGAGACUGCAAAGAUGUACAACGCGAGCGGCGUUGUUGCACAAGAGGGUAUAUCGUCCAUGCGGGAUCUCAUCGCUACUGGUUCUCAAGAACAGAUGGCCCUAAGAUAUGAUGGUCUUCUCAAAAGGUCUACUGACUGGGGAUUGAAAGGUACGGUACUCAAUCUCAUUGACAGCAUCUUCGGUUGGAGGAACAAAGUGGCAGUUAACCACCGCCGGGUUGUUCCUUUUUUCUAGAAUAAUUGACCUAGGUUUUUGGGGGCAAUUAUGUUAUUGUCCUGAUAUGUACCAAUUGGAAGAAUCUCAUUUUGCAAAGAAAGUUGCAACCUUAGGAAGUCUCUUUCUGACGUUCUCAAUCAGACGAUAUGAGCUGUUGACAACAUAUUCCCAUUUACCCCAUAACCUAGGAAGCAUGACUUGGACUACAUGCCGCAAACUAAUAUUCUGAUGCCUUGCUAAUGUUUAUUCUUGGAUUUCAGCGAAGCUUACACAAGGCGGAGUGAUGGGGUUGACGAUCUGCGUUGUCUAUCUGAACUACGUUUGUGAAAUCCCCUACCGCUUGCAUUCCACCGUGCUCACACCAGAAUUUAGGGCUUAGCUUUUUGGAUAGGUUCGCGUUAUAUUGUAUCUGGCGAGGUUGAACUUGGUGAUGUCCUCAUAAUCUUGCUAGCCAUGAUGGUUUGGUAAACAGGUACUUGUCUUUUACUACGCAUAGGGUUCUAACGCAAAAUAGUGCCUCUCUCGGAGAGACUUUACCGCAUAUGCAGGCAUUUGGUGCGGGUGUGGCAGCAGCAGGCCGCAUCUUCGACACGAUUGCGAGAGUCCCAGCUAUCAGGAGUAACUCGUCCGGUUGCCUCCAGCCUGAAAGGUUUGAAGGAAGCAUUGAGCUCAGAGGUAUAAGGCAUAUUUAUCCGUCAAGGCCAGAAGCUCUAGUUCUCGAUGACUUCAAUCUUGUUAUUCCUGCUGGUAAAACGACAGCUGUUGUUGGUACUUCUGGAUCAGGGAAAAUCACAAUUGUUGGUCUUCUAGAGCGUUUCUAUGGUAAACAUCCAUAACCCAAGGUCAUAUAGAAUAAGCUAACGGUGAUAACAAGAUCCAAUCAGCGGGGAGAUAUUGUUGGAUGGAAUAAAUAUCCCCAAGAUGGAUUUACAAUAUCUUCGAAAGCAGAUCUCGGUCGUCUCUCAAGAUCCAACACUUUUUGACUGCUCUAUUUUCGAAAAUAUAUAACAAGGACUUGUGAACAGCGGAUACGUCGAUCUGGGUAUAGAUGAUAAAACAAGACUUAUUGAGGAUGCAGCAAAGUUAGCAAAUGCCCACGAAUUCAUCCUGAAUCUCCCCCAAGGAUACAAAAGCCAAGUCGGUCAACAUGGGCAUCUGUUAUCCGGGGGUCAAAAACAAAGAAUCGCCAUCGCGAGAGCUGUCGUGAAACAACCGGCAAUAUUGCUCCUUGACGAGCGUUUGUCAUUCUUACCCCCGUUAGAACCUUUUUGCUAACUGGCUUUAGCGACCUCGGCAUUAGAUAAUGAAUCGGAAAGAAUCGUUCAACUUGCUUUAGAAAAGGCUUCUUUUGGAAGAACCACAAUUACUGUGGCCCACAAGCUUUCAACCAUCGAAAGGGCCGACAACAUAGUCGUUCUCGAGAAAGGACGUAUCAUCGAGCAGGGAGAGCAUUCCCAGCUGAUGGCACAGCGGGGUACAUACUUCAACUCGGUGAUGUCACAAACCAUCAUUACAGGAGACAAGACCCCUAUCCGUGACGAAGAGAUGGAGACCGAAUCAGAGUCAAUGAGCGACCUCGACUGCCAAGUGCUCAAGGAAAAGAGGAAGGUAGAGAUACCUGAAAAAGAAACGAGUAAAGCAGUACAGGAGGAUCAGUCAAGUAAAACACCGCUGAAAUUUUCUUUUUUUGAUCUGAUUAGGUUCAUUGCAAGCUUCAACAAGCCGGAUGCAUUGUUCAUGUGCGUUGGCCUCUCUUGUUCGGUCGUUACUGGCCUUGCUACACCUGUGCACUCUAUAUUCUUUGCGAACCUCAUAGUAAGCACAUAAUCUUAUCGUAUAUCUAUUCCGGUUUACUAAGACAAAACAGGUAUCUCUCAGUCUUCCUGAGUCAGAAUACGCCAAUCUUCGACAUAAUGCUAAUUUGUGA